CCGUUACAAACACUGAAAAUCAUCAUCGUUUGUUGUUAUUGCUCUCUUCCAAUAUUCUUCAGCCGGCCCCUAAAACAGGAAGAAGGCCUUAGAGGAGGAGGAAGACGGCCUUAGAAGAAGAAGCAAAAGAAGAAGACUACCUUAUUACCCACAGAAGAGCAGUUGGUUGAGUAGGAAACGAGAUAGGGAAGGCUGCAGAAAGAUAAAGUAAAUCCUAACCCACACCUUUUUGCACUGCCCAAGACUCCACUCUACUCUUGCCAUCUUCAGAGUCUCCCUACCCAAGCUUAAUACCCACUGACCAACACUAGAAGACCUACUGGGCAAACUCCCUCAGCCCUUAUAUCGCCUUCCAAGUCUUCCUCAAGCAUACAGCACUCUUCUCAAGUAGACAAGCAGACCCGGGGUAUUGAGACAUCUUGCCCCAACCCUUCCCUGGUGCAGAAUUAUUGCUUCAAGACGUCAUGGCAGCCUUGUGCAGGGUAAAGGCUCUGACAAGGCUAUCUCAUUUGGCCAGACGCUCCUUUUCUUCCACCAGCCAGAAGCUUCACAUUGAAACGGAACCUCCGUAUUUAGAUGCUGUAGGACCAGAAGUGCCGGAGUACAACUUAGUGAAUGUCCAGAUGAAGGGAUAUGACUUUACUGUCCUGGAGCAUUACGGGAAGUGGGUCCACAACACAGCCCUCAACAUGGGCCUUGAUGUGGAGGACGGCUGGGCAACUCCGUGUGAAAAGUUCCACAUCCAGACCCUGAAGCCACGCAGUACCAAGGUGGAGGCGGACUAUUACCUUCAGGUCUAUGAGCGGGAUGUUCAGUUGGCAGAUCUCCCAGCAACCAUGGCUCCGCUGUUCAUUGAGUUGAUACAGGCUGGAUUACCUGAAGGUGUUGAGCUGUCCGUUCACGAACACCAACAUGAAUACACGGAGCACCGUUUCAUCCCUGACUUGGAGCUUCGAAGCUUGUACAACCAGCUGCAUGAGAUGGGCGGACCCAGCAAGAAGUAGGGGGGAGCGUCGAUGUGGUCUGCUUGAUAUGUAUACAUUAUUAGUGCAUUAAGUUUGUUAACAUGUAAUUUGUUUGUUGAUUAGCAUACUGCAUUGUAAAUAAAAUCUUUUCCUA